AUGCAAGCUUGGCAAUACAGCUCUAUUAAGGAGACACUAGAAAACUCCCUUACUCUUAACGAAAACGCGAUCCCACUAGAUGCAUCAUCGCUCUCUAAAGACCAUGUCCUUAUCGAAGUCAUCUCAGCGGGCGUUAACCCCGUUGAGUACAAGCUGCCCGAGAUCCCAGUCUUUGGCAAGUUCAUGCUCCAGCCGGACACGAGUCCAGGCUCAGACUUUUGCGGCCGAAUCCGUUCCAAAAACGGUGCCGACGGAUUCUCCGAGGGUCAGGUUGUCUUCGGGGCCUUGAGCAUCGGGACCAAGCUCCCGCGGUUUGGUAGUCUGGGUCAGCUCCUCGUCGCUCCCUCCUCCAACAUUGCGCCGCUCCCUAUGGGCGUCGACCACGACGACGCAGCUGCUAUAGGCACCGCUGGGUUGACGGCGUUUCAAUCUCUUCCAAAAGAGUCGUUGAAGCCAGGGUCUAAAGUCUUUAUCAACGGUGGAAGUGGCGGUGUUGGUUCCUUCACUAUCCAGUUCGCAAAGGCUGCCGGGGCCUAUGUGGUCGCAUCUUGUUCGACGGCAAAGGUCGAUCUUUGCAAACGUCUCGGGGCUGAUGAAGUUAUCGACUACCGCAAACUCAAUGUUGUUACCGAACUCAAGAGAAAGGGGAGUGUUUUCGAUAUCGCUGUAGACAAUGUUGGCAGCACAGAGGGCUUGUACGAAAGCUGCUCGCAUUUCCUCAAGUCAGAGGGAGUGUUCGUGCAGGUUGGUAUGUCCAAGUCGAUGGUAGGUAUGUUGCGGAGAAGCCUGUUGCCAGGUUUUUUCAGUAGUGGUAAGAGGAAGUUUCAAUCCGUGAGGGUAACGCCGAGCCAAGAGGAUCUGAGCUCAAUUAGCAGGUUGAUAGUAGAGGGAAAAGUACGAGUGUUGAUUGAUGAAAAAUUCGAGUGGCGCGACGCACCAAGAGCAUAUGCGAAGCUUAGGGAAGGACGUACAACGGGGAAGAUUAUCGUUCAUGUCAACAAGACUUGA